AUGUUAAGGGACACAUCUGUAAUAGGUAAAGAUGACAAAUCAUUAAAUCAAAAUAGUGAAAAUGGUACUUUGGAUAAAAAUAUGGGAAGUCAGACAAUAAACACAAUACCUGAGAAAAUUCCAUAUUUAGACAUGACAAUGGAUAUAAAUAGUAUAAAAAACUUGGGAGAGAAUACAAAAUAUUAUUUAGAAGUUUAUGGAUGUCAGAUGAAUGUUAAUGAUGCAGAAAUUUUGAUGUCAAUUAUGAAUAAUACUGGUUACCAAAAGACCGAAAAAUUGGAGGAAGCAAAAAUUAUUUUCUUGGUCACGUGUGCUAUAAGAGAUAGAGCAGAAAAUAAAAUAUGGCAAAGAUUAAAUGUAUUAAAGAGUAUAAAUUCUAAAUUGGGACAAGACAAAAGACCAUUAAUUGGAGUUUUAGGUUGUAUGGCUGAAAGAUUAAAAACAAAACUUUUAGAAACUGAUAAAAUGGUAGAUAUUGUAUGUGGACCAGAUGCAUAUCGCUCAAUACCACAUUUAAUUUCAUUAGCAAUUCAAACUUCACAAGGAGUUGCUAAUGUUAUGUUAUCAGCUGAUGAAACUUAUGCUGAUAUUAUGCCAGUUAGAUUACAUAAAGGAAUCAAUAGUGCUUCUUUGAGUAUUGAAAGAAGCAGACCUUUAUAUCCUUCAAUCAUAGAGGAAGUUAAAACAUUGAGCAAUCAAGGAAUAAAGGAAGGCAAAUAUCCAAAUCUAUCAAAUCUAUCAUAUUUUCUUUAUAAAAAUUAUAAUCUGAAUGUUAAUUCAUAUCGAGAUACAAAUGAAUAUGAAUUUUAUAAGCCACAAGGUAUCGGUGGAGGACUUAGUAAUGAAGGAUUUAAAACCAUUUAUAAACGAAAAGGUGGCGGAAUCAGAUUUACUGAGCUCUUGGAUCAUGUAUCUCAAAUGAGGAUAAGAUUUGUUUCGCCACAUCCAAAAGACUUUCCAAUUGAAUUAUUAAAGUUAAUAUCAGAACGACCAAAUAUAUGUAAUCAAGUUCAUUUACCGGCUCAAUCCGGGAAUACCAAAGUAUUGGAAAGAAUGAGGAGAG